AAAAAUAAUAAACAUAAACAUAUAUAUGUAGGUUUUUUUUGUUUACAAUAAGCUUAUAAUCGAACUCAGAACCUCUAGCAUACUAUUCAAAUUUUUCACCACUAAACUAAACCUAAAGACUUUAUGUAGAUGUAAGUUUUAGACAAGUAGUAUUUUUUACUUAAGUUUGGGAGAGUUAAGAGAGGAAGGAAAGGUAGUAAGUUUGGGACCAAAACCUGAAAACGCUAGCAAACCUUCCACGAUGAGUCAUAAAUACUCUCUUCUCUCCAAGUGGCCAUUACAACACCAAUAUGUGAAUGUGAAUACCAAAUUCCUUUCUUCUUAAAUUCUUGACUUUUCCUCUUCAUCCUCUGUCCAACCCAUCCAGCUACUCUAAUUCUAUUCCCUCUCUCUUUAUUAUAUUCAUUCAUUCCUUUUUUUUUACUACCCAACACCAUCACCGUCCCAAAAACGCGUUUCAAAUUCCAACAUUAACAAAACAAACAAACAAACACAUCUCUCUUUUCUCCAUCAAUUCAAACUCAACCGACACACUCAUCAAAUUAUGCAACCUCAACCAAAUCCAAAACCACCAUUCAAAUUUUUAAUCCCCAUCAUCCUAUUCUUCUUACUACUACCUUCUUUAUCAUUCUCCUCUUCCACUCAAUUCAAAGAAGCACCUGAAUUCUACAAUUCCCCACAAUGCCCCUCCACUUCAAAAUCAGUCCAAGUAGCAAUGACACUCGACACAACAUACAUACGAGGUUCCAUGGCAGCAAUCUUAUCAAUUCUCCAACACUCUUCAUGUCCACAAAACAUCUUCUUCCACUUCGUUUGUUCCUCAAACGCAUCUAACCUCCACGCCGCAAUCAUCACCUCUUUUCCUUAUCUCAAAUUCCAUCUCUACACUUUCGAUGACACCACAGUCACCGGUCUCAUCUCAACCUCUAUUCGUUCCGCUCUCGAUUGUCCUCUCAACUAUGCUCGUAGCUACUUACCAAAACUCCUACCACUUUCCGUUAACCGUGUUGUUUAUCUUGAUUCAGAUCUUAUUCUUGUUGAUGACAUUGGUAAACUAGCAGAAACACCAUUAGGUGAAAACUCAGUUUUAGCAGCGCCAGAAUAUUGUAACGCGAAUUUCACUUCUUAUUUUACUCCAUCUUUUUGGUCUAAUCCUUCUUUGUCACUGACGUUUGCGAAUCGAAAGGCGUGUUAUUUCAACACGGGUGUGAUGGUGAUUGAUUUAGAACGUUGGAGAGAAGGUGAUUAUACUAGAAAGAUUGAAGAUUGGAUGGAGUUACAGAAAAGAAUAAGAAUAUAUGAAUUGGGUUCUUUGCCUCCUUUUUUACUUGUUUUUGCUGGGAAUAUUGCUCCUGUGGAUCAUAGAUGGAAUCAACAUGGACUUGGUGGUGAUAAUUUUAAUGGUUUAUGUAGAAAUCUUCAUCCUGGUCCAGUGAGUUUGUUACAUUGGAGUGGUAAAGGUAAGCCAUGGGUUAGAUUGGAUGCUAAUAGGCCUUGUCCUUUGGAUGCACUUUGGGCACCUUAUGAUUUAUUACAAACUCCUUUUUUUCUUGAUUCUUGAUUAAUUCAAUCCAUUUAUUAAAUAAUAAAUAUUCAUAUACUAUACUAGUAUAUAUAUACAUGUACAUGUAGUUGUUAAUUUGAGCACUUAUUAUUGCUU